AUGACGAUCUGUGGGCGUUGCUGUGGCGGUCUCCGGUUUCCUCAAUGGAAGCCAAAGAAGCCCGAGCGGUCAAGCUGGCGCCCUGGACCUGCCAAGAGUCCGGUACAAAAGCCCGCCCGCGUUUCCAUUCUAGCACUCGAGCACUCGAGCACUUCUGGAGGCGCUAGCCUCGAAUCGGCCACGGUCGUCCACUAUUGCACGGAGUACGGAGGAGAAGAGCGCCUGGCGAGUGCAAAUGAGUUCGUCGGUUUUCGAGCUCCGAGAACUCUGGGUCUCUCCAGCUCUUGGCCCUCUUGGCCUUGGCGCUGGGUCUUCGCUGGCAUCGAUGUGGGCGUUGGCCAACUUCUGAAGCAGCCGGCCCUGUCGCCAAAGCGCUACCUUGGUAUGGAUACGGGCAAUGGCCCCUUCAAAUGGAGAGUAGCGCCAGGAACCCGUGGCCUGGUUUGCUUUUGUCCCGAAGGGCGGUCUCGCCAAGCGCGUGCGAAGCGCUGUGAUGAUGGAUUGCCUCUCGACCUGUCCUAUCUUGCCGCCGCCGACCCCAUGUGGAUUGCUUAA